GUGUGGCUAUGUAAAUGACUAUCAUGGAAGCUGUGUGGUUGUGUUUCCUGCAGCAGGACGCUCUGAUGGGCAGCAGGUCCAACAUGCAUCGUUUUAACAUUUAAUAAACCAGGACUGGAAGAGGCUUCUCUUUCUCGGUAUGGAGAUGCAUUGUUUCUGCUGUGACAGUGAGCUAUUUUUUCUUAUCCUGGCGAGAAAAUACUGACAGUCCAAAGACAUGCUGAGGUUAAUUGGUGAUUUUAAAUUGUCCAUAGGUGUGAAUUUGUGGAAUGCCAAAGGAACAGGGGCAUUUGGGGGAAUGGUCCACCCACAGAAUCUCAAAGAAUGCUAAGGAUAAGAGUAACAGGUCCAUUCUGUGGGCAUCUCAUGGUGGCAUCCACAGGCAGCAAUCUGGAAUGGGUGACGUGAGUGGCCACAUGCUCCACUGUCACUCAGAGAAGGACUCUGAAAAAGACUCAGGAUACUCAGAGACGGGCUCUGACUUUGUGCACACGGAUGUAGACGACCAACGCAGCAGUGUGAGUGAACCUCACAGGGAAAGCAGCAAAACCUUGGACAGCAACAGUGUGAAUGGUGCAAACAACAACAUCACUACAUAUGAGGAGCUCACACCCAUUUACAUCUUCAAAAAUCUGGUGGUGAAGUCGUCUAGACCAGAGCAGCUUCUGCAUGGCCCCCUGGAAUGGGGUGGAGGAUGGCACAGCCUGACCAGUGGCAAAGCACCUACUCAACUCUUACUGAUCCAGCAGCCAACAGUGCCUACUCCUGCCUCCACUACGACAACACCUUUGUCUUGUCUAGCUCCCCCACAAGGUAAUGCUAAAAAAGGAGGUAACCGCAGCAACCACGGCAGCAAGAACUCAUACUUGCCUAUCCUGAAUUCUUACCCUCGCAUUGCCCCCCACCCCACCAAGGAUAUCUUCGGGGGCAAGGGUACCACAUGGGUAAAGGGGGUUAAAGAGAGCAGCAAUGAAGGCCAAAGCCAGCGCAAGAGAGUGUGCACUGAGGGGGAGAAUAGGGAGACUGUAUCUACUAGCAGCCACCUCCUGAGGCUCCAUCAUCAGAAUGAGGGCAGAGUCUAUUGCCAGCAUAAUGGCAGAGAAGGCCAUACUUCCUAUCCCAGCACAUCUCACUGUCCACUGCUGAGCUACACCGCCUCCACCACCCAACACAAGUCCUACCACAGUCAGCCAUGCUCGGGGUCUGGCAGCAUACACUCAUCCUCUAUUUCUAGCUCCAAGACACCUUCGCCGCCUUCUUCCUCUGACUCCCCCUCAUCCUCUUCUCCUCCCUCUUCAUCUCCCUCUUCUUCAGCAGCUCAUAGCCCAUAUUGCUUGGCUCCAGACUGCUUGUCCACACGCCAUCGCCGUUUCCUUAACACAGCAGAGAUCCUCAACCAGUCAGGCCUCCUGGCCAUCACACUACGUACCAAGGAGCUUCUGAAACAGAACGCAGCCACUGAGAAAGAAAUUGCCCAGCUUCGUCAUCACACCCAUCUCCUGUGCCAUGUGACACAGGUCAGACAAAACGGGUCCAAUGAAGGCUCAGACAGCUUAGACAAACUUCUGCAGGCCAUGAGUGAGUCAAGCUCAUACCCCAACUUAGACUUAAAUCACCUGAAAACACUUAGCAGCAGCUGCCAGCAGAGCAAGACUAGAAACGAGGAAGACCAAGAGAAAGAUAACAUAGGAGGCAUGAACACGCACUGCAGCCCAAUCCAGGUGGUGUCUUUGCACAACAUAGAUGAUGGAACAUCACCUCCCUCUCCACUGUUGGCUCCCUCACCGGACACAGAAGAAAUAGAAUAUACUGAUUGUCCUGUGGACCCCAUGUCCACUACCAUCAAUGUUUAUUUUCCCAGAUCUGACCCUGAAUAGAGACACAGAGGUGAUCAAAGACAAGGACUUAACUGAUCUCACUGUGUUUCCAGAGAGCUUAUAACGCAACGUUAGCUUCUUUGAGAAGAGAUUAUGGAUCUGUAAAGGAAACUUGAACCUAGCAAUAUAUUAGAGCAUGGGAUCGUUUGAAUUGUUCAAAAUGCUAGUGCAAAAUAGAAUAUGACUGACUGCAUAACUUGGAGUAAGGAUUUUUGGAUUUACACUCAUGAUUUCAAGUUAAGUACUUCGGCACUUUUUAAUCAGGGAUUUGCUCAUUCCGGGCUGCACAGUGAAGUAGUGGUUAGCACUUUUGCCUUGCAGCGAGAAGAUCCCCGGUUCAAAUCCCAGGCUGGGCCUGGGAUCUUUCUGCAUGGAGUUUGCAUGUUCUCCCUGUGCAUGCGUGGGUUUUCUCCGGGCACUCCGGCUUCCUCCCACAUUCCAAAAAUAUGCUGAGGUUAAUUGAUUACUCUAAAUUGCCCGUAGGUGUGAAUGCAAGUGUGAUUGUUUGUCUGUAUAUGUAGCCCUGCGACAGACUGGCAACCUGUCCAGGGUGUCCCCUGUCUUCGCCCGAGUCAGCUGAGACAGGCUCCAACACCCCCCGCGACCCUAAUGCGGAUAAAGCGGUGUAUAGAGAAUGGAUGGAUGGAUGGAUGGAUUUGCUCAUUCCACGUGUCAAUUUUUCAGCUAUACUUUUGUCUUCUUUAGAGAGGCCUAGCGUACAUUCAGUCAGAUAACUGAAACAAGCUUACAGAGAAACAGAAAACAUGAAUCAUUCAGACCACUCAGACUGUUGCCAAGACUCACAAUAAUUAUAGCCUGAAAUUAGUUGCUUGCUUUAUUUCUACCGAAGAAAAAAGUAAUCCAUACUGCACCUGACAUGCUUUGAAUCGUUUAAGAAGAAAGAGGAGAAGAAAAAAAGAUUUGUCAUUUCUUUUUCUUUUGUUUUAUUUUGCAAUGUGUGUCUGUAGCAGUUCUAGUGGUUAAAUGCUGUAUACUUCCUAAUAUUACUGUAGCUUACUUUAAAAAUUAAGAAGCACUUAAAGGUGACAUAAAUAUUUUAAGUUUGAUAUGUUCAGUAGUCAGUGUUGUGGUGGUUACUUAACAGAAAUAGUGGAAGUAUAGCAGUAAAAAACAGUCACAAUGAUCAGUUAUCUUGUAUGAGUGUAGAUUUGAUACAAAUUCAAACUGGACCUUAUCACAUAUUCCCUUUACUGUAAAACUGUAUAUUUUAAAAAUAUAAUUACAUUUUUGAAAGGAAUUUUGCUCUACAUCAUUUCCAACAUGGACUUUGGCGUACAAUGCACAUUUUGUUUGUCAUGUUUUGUCUAAUUUUCCUGAAGCACAGCAGCCUAAGUUUUGAGGAGAUUGAGCUAUUAUUUGACAGAAUUAUUUUAUAGUCAUCACUUUAUUUGAAAAUUAAGAAUUAUUUUAAUUCAGCGGUAGAAGUUCAAUGAUGUUCUGAUAAACUCUUUGAUGUUAAACUGUA